ACUCGCACAAUCGUGACCAAUUAUUAAAUGUCUGGCGCAGUGAUGAGUCUGAGACUUAUUGGCGGAAUAAGCCCUAAAUCUGUUGCUUGACAUUUUUCAUCAAAUCAGUUUCGGCGGCUAACAUAUAUUUUUGAGCCCCAAGACACCCCGAGGAGGACGAUAAACAAUGCACAUUGGACGAUUUCGACUCAUGGGGAGGGUGCUUGUGCAAGUUUCCAAGAGAUUUUCAAGCCAACAGAGUGUAACAUCACAGUCUCGCCCAUUUCAAGUGGGGCAAAAACCUCCGCUAGCUGUACUGGUUACCUGUAUGGACGGGCGUCUCCUCCCUUCCCGAAUCUUCAAGGCCGAGUGCGGCGAGCUCCUCAUCAUUCGCAACCCUGGUAACUUUGUACCUCACUCCUGUAAAUGUGAGCCUCCAGCUGAGUCAACAGCUCCUGCCUUUCCCAGUGGGGAGUUGGCUGGACUUCAACUGGCCAUCCAGAAGAUGGCUAUACCUGAUGUAAUCGUUUGUGGCCAUACAGACUGUAGGGCAGGAGAAGCACUUCGUAACCUUCCUGUCUCCAGGCCUACGGGUCAUGCCGGCUCUGGAUCCCAACACUCGCUGGAUCUCACCAACAAUUGGCUCCAUUCCUAUGGAUCCCCGGCCCUGGAGAAGUAUGAGCAACACAUGGAGAAGCCAGGAGAAGAGGUAAAGUUCGAGGGAGGAGGGAGAAAAGGAGCAAGGUUUUCUGCCAUCAUAGACGAUGAUAACAAGCUGAGUAAAACAGACAAACUAGCACAGAUCAACGUCCUACAGCAGCUUGAACAUCUCCAGUCGUACGACUUCAUCGGUAAGCGGACAGAAACGGACCAAAUUCGGCUUCAUGCGACCUUCUACGACACCUUCACAGGCAACAUGUUUGUAUUCAACAAGGCGCAGAGCCGCUUCAAUUUACUGCCUACGACUGACAUCACUAGCCUGUCACAUUAUAUAUUUCAGCUUAGAAGCAGUUAACAUCCCUAAAUGUAAAUAUGUAGCCUUGGGUUUACUAUUUUUGUGUGAAUAGUGGUUUAUGUGUACUAUAAGAGUUAGUAUUUAUGGUUAAUACUAUUUUCGUAUAUCGUUGACUUUUUGAAAUGGGCUGGAAGUAAUUUUGAAAAUGUAGCUUGGUUAUUUAAUCAUUAUUUUCAUCAUUGUCAUCAUCAUCAUCAUCAUUACCAUCCUCAACAUCAUCAUUAUCAACACCAUUGUCAUUAAAUUUAUUAUUGCUAUUGUCAUUACUCGAAAUGAUAUGAUAACGACAUGUAGCUUUGAUACUACAUGUUAGGUCAUAAGUCAUAAAACAACACUCGAAUUCCCAUAUAUUCUAAGGCCUAUUUGUAUGAAGCUGUUACAAUGAUGCCAGUGUGUAUCCUAUGAAUGUGCUCAUGUGUGUGUGUGUUUGAUAUUGAGAAUAAAUAUAAUAUUUUUGCCACAAGAAUCUAUUCAAAUCCUUCAUCGUGAUAUUUUUAUACCUACAUAUAGUGCGCCAGUGUGGACAAUGUACUAAAUUUGCAUCACAUGAAUGUCAAGGACAAGUUGCAUAUAUAUAUAUACAUGUAUACUGUGUACAGUAUGUUUCAAUGGCUUGUUAAAGUUGAAACUCGGAUUUCCUUGUGUGAUGUUUCAUGAGGCUGUUUCUUAGUUAGGAGUCACUUUUCAAAUGACUGGUAACCUUUUCUUGUGGUAAAUAAUAUACAUAUGCACAAGAUUUUCAUAGAUGUUAACUUUAUAAGUAGUCCAUAAGAAAGGGUCACCAGUUGUUUGUUACGAUACUAGCUUUAGGAAACACCCAUCUGAACAUUGUACUUCCGAGGGAGAUAUAAUACCUGUCUGCACUAGCAUACCUGAGAGGGGGAAGAGGGAAUUUGACAAGAGAGUAGGCAGUGACCUUUCACCUCUUAGAAACAGGGGAUGGUCGUCUGGUAAUUAGACCUAGGUUUAACCCUAGUCUGAAAUAGAAUUUUAAAUCACACUUCUGUGGAAUGCUAAGCUUCACAAUAUUUCCUCCAUAUUUGUGGCAGUUAUAAUGUAUCAAUAUUAGUGGGUAAAAUUUGUCAUAUAUUUAUAUUUUCCUGUUCUUUCCAUUUCAGGAAUUUUUUUUUGCAGCAGGAUAAGAAUUUGUUUUAAUUGGUGACUGAAUUGACAACUGGCACUCCAUCCAGGUUUCACUAAACCAUGGUGAUCAGAAUACUACCUAGGAAGUUUAUUUCAUAGUUCUCCUUCUUUCAUAUCCAGCUUGUUUUUGGUUGUGAGACAUAUUAUUUAUCCGAAACAAAGACAUGCGAAGUGGCAGUUAAGGCCUUUUCACACAUGAAUCUUGAAUCAUCAUUGUAUUGAUGAUUGCAACUCGUCUUUAGAAUCAUCGGACCUUUCACACGCUCACUCGAAAACUGUGAUUUGAAUUUGAAUUCCUGAGUGAAGGCGGUAUGUGUCCUUGGUGAGCUGUCAAAGCACUUUAUCGAUGUGAUGAGUGCAUGGCAAUUGUAUUAUCUACGGAAGUGCUUGAAAGGACACGUAAGCUCUCCACUCCAAAAAGAUGUUUUGGAGGUCAAGCCUUUCACACGUAAAAUUUGUACUGUAAUUUGAUUGAAACUUACUGGAAUUCACCUCCGGAGUAGAAUUUGAAUUCGUGAUUGUGAUUAGCUUUCGUGAUUCUAGUUUGGUUUCACACGUGCUAAAAAUUCAUCAAUAGACUUAUUUUUCACUGGAAUCAUCAUUCAAAUUACAAUUUUUUUGUUGUGUGAAAGGGCGUUAAUAGAGCCAAUGUGGUUUGGAAAUUGAAUCUUUGGUUUGAAGCCAUAUUUUGUGCAUUCACCACAUGCAUUUGCAUCCUAUAAUGAAUACAUGCUAUUUCAGAGCGCCCUAGGUUAAAACCUUCCACUCUGUUCUUGUUGAUCGAUUUAUGUAAAGAGUGGAUUCAUUGUUAAUGUAACCAUAGAAACCAUGUGUCAAUAAAAAAAGUUACUCAUGAUUAACGGAUGGUUUCUCAAUAAAUUAAGUGUAAUCAAUAGAUGAAAUCUGCAUAAACCUAGUUUCCAAACCACCA